CUGAUUUCAUUCCCCAGGGUUCCGACCGUUCGGGGCUCUCUCUUGUCGACUCGUUUCUUAACCCCUUCGUCUCUCGAUUCGACGUUCGGCCCCAAGAAGUCGUUCUCCCUCGAAAAGCCAGGAUGCAGGCCAACCUGUGGAACCUGAUGGCUGUGUCCAUGAAGCCAUCAUGUAUGAAGCGUGCUGUCAACCCCGUACUGGCAGCUGUUCAGCAGAGACGGUAUGCCAGUUCUUUGGAUGCCGACAUUGUUGUUAUCGGCUCUGGCCCUGGUGGCUAUGUAGCUGCAAUCAAGGCUGCGCAACUGGGAAUGAAGACAGUUUGUAUAGAGAAGGACCCAACGCUUGGAGGAACUUGCUUGAACGUAGGAUGCAUCCCAUCAAAGUCACUGCUCAACAACUCUCACUAUUAUCACAUGGCUCACAGUGGAGAUUUGGAUAACAGAGGAGUCAAGGUCUCUGGCGUGUCACUUGAUUUACCCAAAUUGAUGGAACAAAAGUCAUCUGUAGUCAAGGCCUUGACUGGAGGAAUAGCAGGACUAUUCAAGAAGAACAAAAUAGAACUGGUCAAAGGACAUGGAAAAAUAACUGGCAAAAACCAAGUAACUGCUCUUGGAUCAGAUGGUUCUACUGUAGCCACUGUCAACGCAAAGAACAUUCUUAUUGCUACAGGCAGUGAAGUCGCACCUUUCGCAGGAGUUGAAGUUGACGAGAAAAAAAUUGUUUCGUCUACUGGUGCACUCUCUUUGGAUUCUGUUCCUAAACGAUUGAUCGUUAUUGGUGCUGGUGUUAUUGGAUUAGAAUUGGGAUCAGUGUGGCAAAGGUUGGGAUCUGAUGUAACAGCUGUUGAGUUCAUGACGUCCAUUGGUGGUGUAGGCAUUGAUGGAGAAGUCAGUAAAACUAUGCAGAAAAUAAUGAGCAAACAGGGACUCAAAUUUAAACUAGGAACGAAAGUUACUGCAGCUGCUAAAUCCAACGGAGAGAUCCAAGUUGUUCUUGAAGACGCGAAAGACCCGAGCAAGAAAGAGACCGUGGCGUGUGAUGUUCUCUUGGUGUGCAUUGGAAGGAGGCCAUACACAUCAAAUCUUGGUCUUGAAGAGAUUGGAAUCGAACGGGAUGAGAAGGGAAGGAUACCCGUUAACAGCAGGUUCCAAACUGUAAUUCCUAACAUUUAUGCUAUUGGUGACUGUAUCCAUGGACCUAUGCUGGCACACAAAGCUGAAGACGAAGGCAUCAUCACUGUUGAAGGCAUUGCUGGAGGUGCCGUACACAUCGAUUACAACUGUGUGCCAAGCGUCAUCUACACGCAUCCUGAAGUAGCCUGGGUCGGUAAAUCGGAGGAAGAUCUUAAGAAGGAAGGUAUCGACUACAAGGUCGGCAAAUUCCCGUUCAUGGCUAACUCGAGAGCGAAAACAAACCUCGAGAUUGAUGGAUUCGCCAAAGUUCUGGCCGACAAGGCCACCGAUAAAAUCCUGGGUGUCCACAUGAUUGGGCCAGCUGCCGGUGAACUUAUCAACGAAGCUGUUCUCGCUAUGGAGUAUGGAGCGAGUGCUGAGGAUGUCGCUAGGGUCUGCCAUGCUCACCCGACCUGUGCGGAAGCUCUCAGAGAAGCGCACUUGGCAGCGUACUGUGGCAAACCAAUCAACUUCUAGGAAGUUACAGAAAAACUAAAAUACGCUGUAAAUCUCGGAAAGGCAUUGUAGCUCUAAAUCUAGUCUGCAUUGUGAGACGCUGCACUCCGAGUUAUUUGGGCAAAGUAGUCGUCGAUGUCUGAUCGCUAUCUACGUUGCCCUAUCAUCACUGCUAAUUUACGAAAGAGACAAAAGAAGAAAAAACUAAACCAGAACUGUAAAUAAGAUUGUUAGAUCACCUAUUUAAAUAAGAGACAGACGUCUCGUCACUAAUAGGUUUAUCAUUGUUCUUAUAAGCCUCGUAUUUAUUGAGAAUAAAUCGGUAGCCAUUACGUCUGUAAGGCGUAUGAGGCUGUGAAAAGUCCA